AUGGGCGCGUUCAUCAGCUGGAUCAAGAAGAACCUUCCCGCCGAUGAUCGGGAGGGUUCCGCCAACACGCCGCCGCAGUCGGCUUGGGCCAUGGUCGAUACCCUCGUCCCGGUCCUGGUCAUCUCAGCGAUAUACAUCAUCAUCUUUCUCAUCUUCCGCCGAUCGCAGCGGCGCUUCUACGCGCCGAGAACGUAUCUGGGCUCCCUUCGUGAAAACGAACGGAGCCCCGAACUGGGUACCGGCUGGUUUAGCUGGUUCGGCACUUUCUGGAAGCUCCCGGAUGCGCAUGCCCUGACCCAUCAGGGCCUGGACGCCUACCUCUUCCUGCGCUACCUGCGCGUCGCAUGCAUCAUCACUCUCUUCUCGAUGGCCGUCACCUGGCCCAUUCUGUUCCCCGUCAAUGCGACGGGCCAUAAUGGCCAGACACAGCUCGAGGUGCUGUCGUACAGCAACAUCAACCCUGACACCGAGGGCAGCCGCUACUUUGCCCACGCUCUCGUCGCCUGGGUCGUCUACGGCUUCGUCAUGUACAUGAUUAUGCGCGAAUGCAUCUUCUACAUCAACCUGCGCCAGGCCUACCUGCUCACUCCGCACUACUCGAACCGCAUCUCCUCGCGCACCGUGCUCUUCACCAGCGUGCCCGACGAGUACCUCAACGAGGCCAAGAUUCGCGAAAUGUUCAACAACUCGGUCAGGCAUGUGUGGAUUGCCGGGCAGACCAAGGAUCUCGACAAGCUCGUCGAGGAGCGAGACAAGGUCGCCAUGAAGCUCGAGGGCGCCGAGGUCAAGCUCCUCAAGCUCGUCAACAAGGCCCGCGUCGCGGCGGCCAAGAAGGGCGGCGCCCCGCCCGCCACCAACAACGGCCACAGUGAGGACGCCCCAGCCGACACCGAGGCCGGCAGCAUCGCCGCCCGCUGGAUCCCCGACAAGAAGCGCCCCUCGCACCGCCUCGGGCCCCUGGGCCUCGUUGGCAAGAAGGUCGACACCAUCGACUGGGCGCGCGCCGAGCUCCAGCGCACUGUUCCCGAGACCGAGAAGAUGCAGGCCGACUGGGCCGCCGGCGACUUCAAGAAGGCCAAUGCUGUAUUCGUCGAGUUCAUGAACCAGGCCGACGCCCAGGCCGCCUACCAGGUCCUCACCCACCACCAAGCCUUGCACAUGACGCCCAAGGUGGUCGGCGUGAAGCCCGAGGAGGUUGUUUGGAAGAGCCUCUCGAUCCCUUGGUGGCAGCUCGUCAUUCGCCGCUACGCCGUCUACGCCUUCAUCGCUGUGCUCAUCAUCUUCUGGGCCAUCCCCGUCGCCAUUGUCGGUCUUAUUGCGCAGGUCAACACGCUCAAGCAGCUCCCCGGCCUGACGUGGCUUGACUCCAUCCCCAAGCCCAUUCUUGGUGUCGUCUCUGGUCUGCUGCCGUCGGUGGCCCUCUCCAUCCUCAUGUCAUACGUGCCCAUCAUCAUGCGUGCCUGCGCCAAGCUCGCCGGCACGCCGACGCUGUCCCGCGUCGAGCUCUUCACCCAAAACGCCUACUUUGUGUUCCAGGUGGUGCAGGUCUUCCUGAUCCGAUCGCUCUUUGAUGCGGCCUCGACGGCGCUCGUCAAGAUUGUCAACGACCCCAGCUCCGUCUUCACGACCCUGGGCCAGACGAUUCCGACGUCAUCCAACUUUUACAUCUCGUACUUUAUGCUCCAGGGCCUUACGAUCGCUACUGGUGUCGUGACGCAGGUCGUGGGCAUGUUUGUGUUCCGCAUCCUGUACAAGUUCCUGGCGGGCACGCCGCGCGCCAUGUACAACAAGUGGACCACCCUCAGCGGCAUUCUCUGGGGCAGUCUUCUCCCCGUCUAUACCAACAUCAUCUGCAUCAGUCUCAUCUACUCGGUCAUUGCUCCGUUCAUCCUCUUUUGGUCCUCGAUCGCCAUGGGCCUGUUCUACCUCGCCUAUCGUUACAACAUCCUCUUCGUCUCGGAGACGUCGGUCGACACGCAGGGCCUGAUUUACCCGCGUGCCUUGAAGCAGCUGUUCACGGGCGUCUACCUGGCCGAGAUUGUCAUGAUUGGCAUGUUUGCCGUCACCAAGGCUCCCGGUCCGGCCGUGCUGAUGGCUGUCUUCCUCGUCUUCUCGAUCCUCUACCACAUCACCAUCUCCAGGUACCUCGAUCCCCUGCUGUAUGGCCUGCCUCGCAGCGUCCAGUCUCGGGAGCUGGCAAUCCAGUCGGGCAACGCCUCGCCCGCGUCGCCGGCGCAUGCGGAGGAGGGCCUCGCGCGCAACAAGGAGUCGAACGAGAGCGCCCCGACGGAGAAGAAGACGGUGGUCAACCCCGAGCCCGCGGCGCCGAAGAAGGAGGGCAAUGUCAUUACCCGGUUCCUCAAGCCGUGGAUCUUCUACGACUACGAGAGGCUCCGCAGCAUGAUGCCCCGGCAUGACGACAUGGACUUUGACAGCAUGUACUCGGAGGAGGUUGAGCGGACGGCGUACAUGGCGCCGUCAGUGACGAGCAAGGCACCCACGCUGUGGAUCCCGAGGGACAGCGCGGGCGUGUCGCGGCAGGAGGUGGCGCUGACAGGCAAGGUGAUACCCAUCUCGGACGAGGGCGCCACGCUGGACGAGAAGAACAACAUUCUGUGGGACACGGAGGGCGCGCGGCCGCCCAUCUGGGACGAGAAGAUCUACUACUAG